GAAUAAGUAAUGAAAAUUAGGGUAGAGGGAUGAUGAUGCUUUAUCUACAAUUCAAGCGAACAACAACAAAAUGAUUGGGUUUCAUUUGUUUAUAUAGAAAUUUCUUGAAUCAAUCAUAAGAAGUUUUCUCCUUUUGCAGUGGACGAUCGAUUAUGAUCAUGUCCCCAAACGAGAUAGCAAACGAAGCGAUUAAGCACGCUCUAAGAGCCCUCCGGCAACGCCAUCUCCUUGAAGAAGGUGCGCAUGCUCCUGCUUUUCUCGCUCUCUCUCGCCCCAUCAUAACCCAGAGUUCGGAAUGGAAAGAGAAAGCGGAGAAGUUGGAAUUGGAGCUUCAGCAAUGUUACAAGGCUCAAUCACGAUUAUCUGAGCAACUUGUGGUUGAAGUUGCUGAGGUUCGAACUUCUAAAUCUUUGAUUGGGGAGAAAGAGGCCGUGAUUGAUAAUUUGGAGCAGGAAUUAAGUCGAGCCAGGGAUGAAUGCUCUCAGUUGAAGGCAGACUUAGAGAUUAAACUUAAAGCUCUGGAACUGGCUUUAUGUGAGAAUCAAGAAAUUAAAACACAGCUUGAAGCAAUGACAGUUAAAGCUAAGAACGCAGAGGCUGAAAAUAAAAUGUUGGUUGACCGGUGGAUGCUUCAAAAGAUGCAGGACGCAGAACGUCUCAAUGAGGCAAAUGCACUCUAUGAGGAUAUGAUUGACCGACUCAAGGCUAGUGGUUUAGAGAAACUUGCUCAGCAACAGGUUGAUGGCGUGGUUCGCCAAAGUGAAGAGGGUGCUGAAUUCUUUGUGGAAUCCACUGUACCCUCAGUGUGCAAGCACAGGAUCCGUGGCCAUGAAGGGGGCUGUGGUACUAUAUUGUUCGAAAAUAACUCAGGAAAGUUGAUCAGUGGGGGGCAGGACCGUACAGUCAAAUUGUGGGAUACAAAUACUGGAUCAUUAAGUUCCACUCUACAUGGGUGCCUUGGUUCUGUUCUUGAUCUUGCCAUUACCCAUGAUAAUAGAUCUGUUAUUGCAGCAAGCAGUUCAAACAACUUAUAUGCAUGGGACAUCAGUUCUGGAAGGGUGCGCCAUACGUUGACUGGUCACUCCGACAAAGUAUGUGCUGUAGAUGUAAGCAAAGUUUCUAGCCGCUAUGUUGUGAGUGCUGCAUAUGAUCGCACCAUUAAAAUUUGGGACCUACAGAAGGGUUACUGCACCAAGACCUUCAUUUUUGCCAGCAAUUGUAAUGCAGUUCGCUUCAGCAUGGAUGGACAGACCAUUUGUUCUGGCCAUGUGGAUGGAAAUCUUCGGUUGUGGGAUAUUCAAACAGGAAAAUUGAUUAGCGAAGUUGCUGGACACUCCCUUGCUGUUACAUCUCUUUCUUUGUCACGUAAUGGCAAUACAAUAUUGACUAGUGGGAGAGAUAACUUGCAUAAUUUAUUUGAUAUCCGAUCUUUGGAAGUCUGUGGGACAUUAAGGGCAUCUGGAAAUAGAGUAGCUUCCAAUUGGAGCCGUUCUUGCAUCAGUCCAGACGACAACUACGUUGCAGCUGGUUCUGCAGAUGGGUCAGUUCAUGUGUGGUCAAUAUCAAAACAUGAUAUCGUUAGCACUCUGAAAGAGAGCACUGCAUCUGUUCUAUGUUGUUCAUGGAGUGGGCUUGGAAAACCGCUUGCGUCUGCAGACAGAAAUGGUAUAAUAUUUACAUGGAACUGAAGUAGUGUGGUGAUACGCACACACAGUUUCUCACAUGCUUUCCACUUGAUGUACAGUAGAUAGAGUUAAAAGUGUGGUAUAAAGUUAGUUCAUCAUUUUAUUCAUCUGAUCGUAUAGCAAUUCUUCUGUUUCCAUUGUUUUACCAAACAUUACGAUUUUAAUCAAUCAAUGAGCAUUCGGCUUAUUUCA